CCCAUGGCCUCCUCCACUUGUCCGAGAGCAGCCUGGUUGGCCGUGGCACUGCUCGUCGUCGCGGUUCUCUUUUCAAGCAAUGCCGUCGUCGUCGACGCCGGCUACCCCCGGGGCGGCGGCGGCGGCGACCUCAAGGGGCAGUUCCUGUCCCAGCAGAACGGGGCGCGGGCGGAGAUGGGGCUGCCGCCGCUGAGGUGGGACGAGCGCGUGGCGUCGUACGCGCGGUGGUACGCGCAGUCCCGGCGCAACGACUGCGCGCUGGUGCACUCGUCGGGGCCGUACGGGGAGAACCUGUUCUGGGGCAGCGGCACGGGGUGGUCGCCGGCGCAGGCGGUGGGGGCGUGGCUGGCGGAGCAGCCGCAGUACAACUACUGGGCCAACAGCUGCAACGGCCGGAUGUGCGGGCACUACACGCAGAUCGUGUGGCGGCAGAGCACCAGGGUGGGGUGCGCCAUGGUGGAGUGCUACAACGGGAAGGGCACCUUCAUCACCUGCAACUACGACCCGCCGGGCAACUACGUCGGCAUGCGCCCCUACUGA